AUGUCGUGGGAUCUCCUCUCACGCCGCAUCGCCCGGGCGGCCAACAGCAAGUUUAUCUACGGACAGAUUCCACUGCUCCAUUCCAUCAUUUUCCUCAUCGAAAUGGCCCUCGCCGCCCGCCUCACCGCUCGCUUCAAUGCCUACUACGAAGAGCGCCCCGUCUUGACCAUGAUGGUCACCAACGCUGUCCUGGGCGGCAUCGCCGACACCGUCGCCCAGACCAUUACGUCGAUGAAACAGCGGCAGCUGCGCAAGGGCUACGCCGCCAAGGACGACGAUGACGUGGCCUUGGGACGCUACCCGUCGUACCGUGACCGGGACGACGCCAGCAAAGACGACUCGGUCGUCGUCGAGAUUCACGAGCUCGCCGGCGGCCGCACCCCCAACUCGACCGGCAACGGCAUUGGCUCGGUGUCGUCGGCGGCGUCGUCGGCCCACUCCAGCCGCAACAGCUCCCCCGACAACACCAUUGGCAGCAACAACAGCCUCGUCCCCGCCUCCAAGAUGCUGCCCCCGCCCUUUGACUUUGAGCGCCUCACGCGUUUCAUGGCCUACGGCUUCGGCAUGGCCCCGAUCCAGUUCAAGUGGUUCCAGUUCCUGUCCCGCACGUUUCCCAUCACCAAGACCGCGUCGGCCCUGGGGGCCACCCUCAAGCGCGUCGCCAUGGACCAGCUCGUCUUUGCGCCCGUGGGCAUUGCCUGGUUCUUCACCGUCAUGACCGUCACCGAAGGCGGCGGCCGGCACUCUGUCCAGAUCAAGCUGCGCGACAUGUUUGUGCCCACGCUCAAGGCCAACUUUAUGGUCUGGCCCGCCGUCCAGCUCAUCAACUUCCGCCUCAUGCCCGUGCAGUUCCAGCUGCCCUUUGUGUCCACCGUCGGCAUUGCCUGGACCGCCUACCUGUCGCUGACCAACGCCGCCGAGGAUGUCCAGCAGGUCAAGGCACACGUGCCGGACGCGCCGAGGAUUCGGUUGGAGUGA